AUGUCUAUCCAGAGCUCUCUCAAGAUAUCCGACAAGACGGCUCUGAUUCUUCCCGAUGACGAUCUCUGCGUCUCUUACGAGCAUCUGAACGGCUUGGUUCAUCACCUACACUCUUUAUUUACUAAUUCUGUUUCUCCUUUAUAUAAUAAAGGUUCGAAUAGCCAGCUCAAAGUUGCAAUUUGUUUACCCAACGGAUUGGACUUUGUCGUUUCGUUUCUGGCAAUCACCACCACGGGAAAUGUUGCUGCUCCUUUCGACCCCCACUCCGCCCAAGCUGAGCUUACCGCCUAUUUCUCGGAUCUCGAAAUAGACGCUGUCAUCGUCCCCAGAUACGCGCAUCUGGACAGAAACUCCAGUCCUGUUUCUGCUGCCAGAAACAUUAACGAGUGUUUGGUGGUGGAGGUUUGGUAUGACCUUGCGCGGCAACUGCUUCAGUUCGAGAUCUUCGAUCCUCAUAGCCUCAAAUCGAUUUACAACUCGGUCAUUGACAAGCCUGCUCUGCUGCCCCCAAAUUUCAAAGGUAGCAUGAUUGGAACAGCUUCCAAAGACAAGUUGGCUCUCGUUCUUUUCACCAGCGGAACCACGGGCAAGGCCAAGAGCGUGCCGCUGACUCAAUCCAAUCUUACGAGCUCCAUGAUGAAUAUCAUUGAAUCGUACAGAUUGCGCAGCAGAGACCGUAAUUACGUGAUCAUGCCGCUGUACCACAUUCAUGGGUUGCAAAUUCUCAUGUCAACGCUCGCAUCUGAGGGAACUGCCAUUAUCCCAGACAGGUUCCACGCCUCCAAGUUCUAUCCUCAUUUUACCAAAUGGAAGUUCAACUGGUACUCUGCAGUUCCAACCAUUCAUUAUAUCUUGCUCAGAGGUCCGAUUCCAGAAGAGAUCAAAGGAAAAUUGAGAUUCAUUCGGUCAAGCUCCUCGUCUUUGUCUCUGUCGAUCUUUGAGCAGCUGGAGAGCAAAUUUGGUUGUCCCGUCGUCGAGGCCUACGGGAUGACUGAGGCGUCGCACCAGGUCACGUCCAACAACUUGCCGUUUCACGGAAAAAUUCGUCGUCAAGCAGGAACCGUUGGUAUUCCACAAGGGUCUGUGAAAUUGCUGAUCAUAAAUGACGCCAACCAGACUUUGGGCCAGUACCAAACGGGACAGGUUGCAAUUAGCGGUCCAAAUGUCACUGCUGGCUACCUUAACGACGAGUCCGCAAACAAAAACUCGUACUUCAACCACGACGGCAGAACGUACUUCAAAACAGGAGACUUAGGCAUGUUGGAUGACAACGGAAGAUUGUGUCUCAAGGGAAGAUUGAAGGAGGUCAUCAAUAAAGGUGGAGAGAAGAUUUCACCUUUGGAUAUCGAGACUGCGUUGAGCAACCACGAAUGCGUCGAGGAGUCUGUUGCGUACGCCGUUCCUGACGAAAAGUACGGACAGACUAUUAACUGCGCCGUGGUUUUGAAGGAGGGGGCGUCCGCUUCGGCUAACGAGUUGAUUUCGUGGCUGAACGACAAGAUAUCUGCUUUCAAGAUACCCCAGAAACUGUUUCUGGUCAAACAGCUACCAAAAACAACAACCGGCAAGAUUCAGCGGAAUAAGAUGGCAGAGAUAUUUGGGGCCAAGAUCAAAGUCUAG